GCAAAUUUCACCACUUGGGUGCAUAGAAAAAUUUCGGAGAAGGUUUUGUCAAGAAACGAAAGAUUUUUUAAUGUGUUAAAAAUAUUUUUUACAAUUAAUUAAAUUUAGAAAAAGUUAAAUAUUUAAACUACGUUCGUGUAAUUGUCAAUAAACAAUCAUUGAUGAAAUGAAUGCUAAAAUGUAAUAAAGUAUAACAAGUAAAAAAACAGAUUUUUAUUUUUAAUUGCAUACGGGACGGUCUGUGAUGUAGAAAAAAAUCGUGAGUGUGUGUGUUUUGUAGGAAAAAUGUCUUCGCCUUUAGUGUGGUGAAAAAUAUAAUUGUUAAAAUAAUAAAAAAUAAAAAAUUUUUGAUAAUUUAUUUUCAAAAACUAGAAAAGAAAAUAAUUCUAAUUUUCUUUUAACAACAACGUUUUCCUUACAAAGGUGUUUGUUGGUGACAAGUGAAAAUCGCGAUGUCUUAUUGUAUGUCGUACUGAGUCUUCCAAGUUGUAAACAAUUUUGCAGUUUUUAUAUAAAAGUAUUAAUUAAUUUUGUAUUUUGCAAACUAUUCUAUGAUAAUUUAUACUUAAAUAUCGCCGCAAGGAUUUUAUACUCCCAAAACAUUGAUUUUUUUAAAGUAAUGCAAUACUAUUAAACAUUUAGUUCAAUUUGUUGUUCAACCAGAAAUCAUUUAAAAAAUAAACAGAAUAACAUGAGCCAUGCCUUCGGCACGUCCUGGCAGCCUAAAAGAUCCGGAAAUAGCCGAAUUAUUUAAUAAACAUGAUCCAGAAAAGAUAUUUGAAGAUUUACGAGAAAUUGGCCAUGGCUCCUUCGGUGCAGUUUACUAUGCACGAUGUAAUCUUACCAAAGAAAUCGUGGCCAUCAAAAAAAUGUCCUAUACGGGCAAACAAAGUUUGGAGAAAUGGCAAGAUAUACUCAAGGAAAUCAGAUUUCUACGUCAAUUGAAUCAUCCCAAUACGAUCGAAUAUAAAGGAUGUUAUCUACGCGAAUCCACAGCAUGGCUGGUAAUGGAAUAUUGUGUAGGUUCGGCAUCAGAUAUUAUUGAAGUGCAUAAGAAACCACUGCAUGAGGAUGAAAUUGCUGCCAUAUGUGACGGUGUCUUAAACGGCCUCAGUUAUCUGCACAGUUUGGGUCGUAUUCAUCGUGACAUCAAGGCCGGCAAUAUUCUCUUAACCGAUAAUGGUGUGGUAAAAUUAGCUGAUUUUGGCAGUGCAGCCAUUAAGUGUCCAGCUAAUAGUUUCGUUGGCACUCCCUACUGGAUGGCACCCGAAGUGAUAUUAGCCAUGGAUGAGGGACAAUAUGAUGGUAAAGUUGAUGUUUGGUCAUUGGGUAUAACCUGCAUUGAAUUGGCCGAACGUAAGCCUCCAUAUUUCAAUAUGAAUGCCAUGUCAGCACUGUAUCACAUUGCUCAAAAUGAGUCACCUACAUUACCGAAAAAUGAUUGGACAGACACAUUUUGUGAUUUUGUUGAUUUAUGUCUCAAAAAGAAUCCUGCUGAACGUCCCUCUUCUACGAAGCUAUUGGCUGAUCCAUAUGUGACACGACUACGUUCGGAUACAGUGUUAUUGGAGCUUAUAGCACGAACAAAAGCAGCUGUUAGGGAAUUGGAUAAUUUGAAUUAUCGUAAAAUGAAGAAAAUCCUUAUGGUUGACACCUGCGAGACUGAAAGCGCCAUUGGCGAUACAGAUGAUACACAGGAUGAACAUGCCGGAGGCGAUAGCAGCAAGAGCAAUAGUAUUACGUCGGAACAUUCAAUACAAUCUGUGGGUGUAUCGGCGGCCAGUAGUCAAAGCUCUUCGUCAAAUUCAAUACCAGGACAAAAUCAUCAUGGCGGCAUGCAUCAAUAUCAACAUCAGCAACCCCAACAUUUGGGUGCCAUGAAUUAUCACCAUCCACAUCAUCCACAGAUGCAUCAACAUCAACAGCAGCAGCAACAACAUGGGCAACAUCAACAGGCCAUAAGUGGCGCUGUUUCGCGUAAUUCAUCGCGUCAUCGCAAUUUGCCCCCAUUGCCUAGCAUUAUGCACAAUAUGAACAAUAAUGUUACACCUACAAAUUCCACAGCUGUGGUGCCAGCACCCAUGCCACACCAACAGCAAUUGCAACAGCAACAACAACAGCAGCAGCAACAACAACAACAACAUUCUAUUUUACCCAUGUCCAUGGGUGGCGGAGUUGGUCUACAACAGCAACAAUCUUGUUCGAGUAUGGCUGGAGAUCGUAUGUCGCAGCAACAAGCAACUCCUCCCAUUCAACCACGUUAUCUUUCCUCUCCGGCUGCAGCAGCUGCCGUUUAUGCAGCAACAUCGUCUAAUAAUGAACAUGGUGGUCCAAAUAAUUUCGCCACCAUACGUACUACAAGUAUUGUCACUAAACAGCAAAAGGAACAUAUGCAGGAGGAGAUGCAUGAGCAAAUGUCUGGCUACAAGCGAAUGCGUCGUGAACAUCAAGCUGCACUACUCAAGCUCGAAGAGAAGUGCAAAGUUGAAAUGGAAGCGCAUAAAAAUGCCUUAGAUAAGGAAUAUGAUAAUUUAUUGCAUAACUUCACAAGAGAAUUAGAAAGACUAGAGGCCAAACAUCAACAGGAUUUGGAAAAGCGUAUGAAGCAAACUACAGCUGCCGAAAAGAAAUUACAUAAAGAGAUUUCUCUUAAACAGGAAUGUGAUCGUAAAGCUUUCGAUAUGAAUCGCAAAAAAGAAUACAAGGCCAAUAAGGAGAGAUGGAAACGUGAAUUGUCAAUGGAUGAGUCGACGCCAAAACGUCAGAGGGAUUUAACAUUGCAAUCACAAAAGGACAACCUCAAGCAAGCCGAGGCUCAAGAAGAACAACGUCUAUUGACAUUGCAGAAGAAGUACAUUGAUUUGGAGAUGCGUAAAUUUAAACGAAGGCGUUUAAUUAUGUUGCACGAAUUAGAGGAUCAGUUGUUAAGAGAUGAAUUAUCUAAAAAACAACAACAACUUGAGCAAGCUCAUGGCAUGCUGUUGAAACAUCAUGAGAAAACCCAGGAACUGGAAUAUAGACAGCAAAAGAGUGUACAUCAGUUGCGAGAAGAACAAAUAAAUAAACAACAUGAUACGGAAUUACAAAAUCAAAAGGAUUACAUGGAACGUGUUAAAAAAGAUUUACUACGCAAACAUGCUCUGGAAAUACGACAACAUCCUAAGAGCCUUAAGCAAAAGGAGUUGCAAAUUCGUAAACAAUUCCGCGAAACCUGUAAAACUCAAACCAAACAAUAUAAACGCUAUAAGGCACAGAUAUUACAAACAACGCCAAAGGAGCAACAAAAAGAAGUCAUUAAACAGUUAAAAGAAGAAAAACAUCGUAAGCUUACGUUGUUGGGUGAACAGUAUGAACAAAGUAUCGCUGAUAUGUUCCAAAGUCAGAGUUAUAAAUUAGAUGAAAGUCAAGUGAUCGAGUGCCAACGUACCAACGAAAUGUUGGAAUAUGAAUUAGAAGUGCUUACUGCCUAUCAAAAUAAAAAUAAGAAACAAGCUCAAGAACAACGGGAUCGUGAGCGCAAAGAAUUAGAAAAUCGUGUGGCAGUACGUCGUAGUGUAUUAGAGAGUAAGAUGGAUGCUGAAUUGCAACAGUUCAAUCAGGAACGUGCCGAAAGGUUAAGAUUGAUGCAUGAGAAACAUGUUAAAGAACUUGAAGCUUUUGAUGAAGAAUCAGUUUCUUCAGGUUUCAGCGCCUUAGCUAUUGCGGAAGGAUCACGUGAGACCUACCCUGACGAAGAGGGUAGUCUAUCUGGUUCAAUGAUUAGUUUAGCGCAUAGUAAUAGUUCAACAAGUUUUCCGGCUGGCUCCCUAUAGCAUAGAAAAAAAGUUAAUAUUCUUACAACAAAUGGAUUUAAUUUUUUUAAUAAUGAUAGUGUAAUUAUUACGACUACUACAACUACUAAUAAUAAUACAUCCACCACCAACACCAACAACACCACAACCAACACUACAGCAACAACUGGCAACAGAAGAAUGACAGCAACAACUACUAGUACUACUAUUUCUACUAUCAACACUUCGGGAACAGCAGCAGCAGCAGCAGGCGCAACCUCUACAACUAACACGCCUACAACAUUAACAAAAUGUUUUCGCAUUUCUAGUGAUAAUUAUAAAAUUCAUAGUAAACAAAAUGAUAAUAAAAGUGAUGCAUCUAAGCGACAACUGCAGCAGCAGCAACAGGAGCAAAAGCAACAAAAACAUUGCAAUAAUGCAAAUCACAACAAAAUGCCUCUUACAUCAAUGUAAAGAAACAUAAGAAAAAAAGCAAAAAAUAAUAAUUAAAGGCACACGUCGUUAGUUAGUGAUGUAGUAAUAAUGACGACGACAACAAAGAUGCUGAUGAUGACGACGAUGAUGUUGAUGACUUGAUGACAAAGAAACAAGUUGUUGUGGGAGUGUUUGUUUAUAUACAAUAUACAUACAUAUAUACAGUUUUUAUAGAAUUAUUAAGUGAAAAGAAACCCACACUCCUCUUUACUCACACAUUGAAAAAAAAAGAAAUUUAAUAUAUACAUACAUAAUAAUAUAAAAUAAAACAUUAUAAAAAAAGAAAAAAAAAAGAAUCCAAUAAUAAAUCUCCAAAAUUUU